AUGGCCAGUGCAGCCAUUGCACCAUAUCCUUUCUCCUCUGAUGUUAUAUUUCAGUGGUGCCCGCUCUCAUUUCUGUUAUUUAGCUUGGAGGUACUACUGCUCCACGGACAGGCCUUCGACUCAAAGACCUGGGAGGGGCUAGGAACACUGAGUCUGCUUGCUGAGAAAGGAUACAGAGCUGUGGCAAUGGACUUACCCGGGUAUGGGAAUACCCCACUGUUGGAUAUUGACAAAGUGGACAAGGACAGAGCUGACUUCCUGCUGGCCUUCCUGAACGCUGUGGGACUCCAGGCACCAGUCGUCGUCAGUCCCUCAAUGAGCGGUCACUUCUCCAUUCCAUUUCUGAUGUUUUACACCCAGCGACUGAAGGGCUUUGUCCCCAUUGCACCUGCUGGGACGAAUCUCUACAAUGCUGACCAGUAUCAGAAGAUCCAGACCCCGACCCUGAUUGUUUUUGGAGAAUUGGACACUAAUCUGGGUGUACGGUCCCUGAAAAACUUAGAGUAUCUUCCCCAUCACUCUGUCUUCAAGAUCCCAACAGCUCGGCACGCCUGUUACCUUGAUGAACCACACUUGUUCCAUACUACUUUAUUGGACUUUCUAACUAAAUUUUAAGCUUUGAGUGUUUAUACCACUGAUGUCACUGUGCACUGGGGACUGUACGUACAAAACAAUUAAGACCAGCACCAAACUAGCUUCAUCAGCAAUUGUUAUUAAUUUCUUGGAGUCAGACUCUGCAACAGGAGUAACUAUUUCAGAUUUAUUUCAAAACAACUUCCUCUCUGAAGUUUCAGUAGAUAUUAGUUAAAACGUGAAAAAUUCACAGAUUGGAAAACAUAGGUAAAGAUUUAGUUCAGUUUCGGGCCGAUUGGGUAAAUGUCCCCGUAUAGACCUGGGAAAU